UGUGGUAGAGUGAACACAUACAUAUCCGAUACCGAUAUCAACCAAUAUCACAUUUUUAUACUGCUAUUAGACAUUGUUAAAAAUAACAUCGUAGAUCUGAAUGAACUGAAUAUUCUUAUUAUAAUCACCCAAAAAUGAUCCAUGUUCUUUAAGCAAGUGAAAAUGAGGCUCUGUAGUGUUGACUUGGAGUUACACCAUCGUUUAAGUGUUCCCUUUAUUUUGGGGGUGAGUCAAGCAAGGACAAGACUGAAUCUGAGUCAGUCUUGUGUGGGAUUGUUGACUUUAAGUCAGACUAGUGCUUUCGUCACACAUUUAUGCUGAGCAAGAAGACUCCACAGCGCAUUUAAGAUGGUAUAGUCCAAGCGUACUCGUAGUCACUGGCGACUUCAGCAUACGAUGGCUUCUUAUGGGACGUUUAGGCUGCUUUUCUUCUGCGUGAUUUCUACAAGUACCUCAACUGAUGACGCCAGCCACCUCAACACCACAUCCAUCGGAAAACUGAUUAUCACAUCAUAUCAGGAAAGUCUUCAAAUGCUGGAUGAAAGUGUCUUCCUGCAGAGACAAAGACGAAGUUCACCUUUGACCUCCGCUCACGGCUUUACAUUCCGACGACAAACUGAGACGGAGACCCUGGAGAUGGGACACGCUGCGGAGGUUUUUCAAUCAACUCUGCAGGUCUUGAAGGAGAAAGUGAAGCAGAGGUAUAAAAGGGAUAUUACCGCUGCAGGUUUGCUUUCGUGGGAGCACGUGGAACUUAUUGCAGAGCUAUCAAGAUGUCCGCCUCCAACACAUCCAGGCAUCUGCCAACAGAGUCACACCAGCAAGUACCGCUCCGUAUCUGGCAUCUGCAACAACAGGUUCAAUCCACUUUGGGGAGCGGCCAACAUCGCCUUGCUCAGAUGGCUUCCAGCUCAGUACGAAGAUCAAGUACGACAACCCAAAGGCUGGAACGGAGGUCGUCUCUAUAAUGAAUUCCAGCUUCCCACGUCAUGGGAGGUCAGCAAGAAGAUAAUAAAGAGCACGUUGUUGGCGAAAGACGACGCCUACUCUCACAUGCUGGUGGAGUGGGGCCAGUAUAUCGACCAUGACGUAACGUUCACCCCUCAGAGCCCCGGGAAAGUAACGUUUUCACCGCAAGAUGACUGCCUGAGCACCUGUACGAAUGUGCAUCCUUGCUUUCCCAUCCAGACAGAUAAUAAGCUCCCAAGUCCCCGAAGCUGCUUGCCUUUCAAUCGCUCCUUACCAGCCUGCCUCGCCGGCGUCGGGCCCGACGUCGGGUCCGACGUCAGUCAAGCUCUGCAACAGCAACAGAUGAACGCCAUCACGUCCUUCAUCGACGCUUCAUCCGUGUAUGGCUCCAGUCCGAGAGUCAACAACUUCCUAAGAGAUCUCAGCGGACGUGAGGGGAAACUAAGCGUUAAUGAGUACUUCAAGGACAUCAGGGGAAGACCGUAUCUUCCUUUCGAGGAAUCAAAGUCAUCAGCCUGCAUUCACGCCGAUGGUGAAGCGAAAGCGGCGUGUUUCCGUGCCGGAGACGGUCGAGUCAACGAGGGGCUGCCUUUGACUUGUUUGCAUACGCUUUGGUUAAGGCUACACAAUCAAAUAGCGGAGACGCUUAAACGCCUCAAUGGUCACUGGAGCCCGGAGAUGAUAUAUCAAGAAACGCGCAAGAUUAUCGCAGCCCUGCAUCAGAUCAUAACCAUGAAAGAUUAUCUUCCGAAGAUAAUUGGUAAAGAAUAUUUUGACAACUACAUCGGACCCUACAGAGGAUAUGACCCAACUGUGAACCCGUCGGUUUCAAAUGUCUUUGCUACCGCUGCGUUCCGGUUCGGACACGGCACCGUCCCUUCCGUGAUCAGGAGACUCGAUGAGCGCUACCAGGAAAAUCAACAUUUUCCAAACCUGAUGCUGCACGAUAGUUUGUUCACUCCAUGGAGAAUAUUCCAUGAAGGUGGAAUCGAACCAAUCCUGAGAGGUACAACUGGAACGCAAGCAGCAGCCAGCAAUGCAAACACUCUGGUGCAGGAGGAGGCGACGGAGAGGCUGGUUGUCAUAAAUAUUCAACAACCUAUGGACCUGGCUUCACUCAACCUGCAGAGAGGACGAGAUCAUGGUCUCCCAGGUUACAAUGACUGGAGAGAGUUUUGUGGACUAAAGCGGAUUCGAACACUUGAGGACUUUACACGCGUCGUAAAAGAUGUUAAUGUUGCCGAGAGAAUCCUUCAACUAUACAAACACCCUGACAACGUUGACGUAUGGCUGGGAGGACUUGUUGAGGCCUUUCUACCCGGGGCUAGAGUUGGUCCUGUCUUUGCCUGCCUGAUUGGAAAGCAGAUGAAAGCUCUUCGUGAUGGUGACAGGUUCUGGUGGGAAUCAGAUGCUACGUUCAACCAACAGCAGAGGGAUGAACUGUUGAAGGUUUCUCUGUCGAAGAUCAUCUGUGACAAUAGCGACAUCACGGAAGUCCAUCCUGAUGCAUUCAUAUUUGAGAAGUACCCUUCGGGUUACGUCUCUUGUCAACAUUUACCAGCAAUGAACUUGGAGGCGUGGAAAGAGGACAAAAGCCAAGAUUUGAAAAGAUGUGGCUCUCCAGGACAGAUCAAGAAUGGUGAUUACGUGCUGUCCUCGAUGCCUGGCAAAUUGGAGGCUCUUUACUCCUGUUAUUAUGGCUUUAAAUUAACCGGCGCUGCUGUGAUUUCUUGUGAGGGACAUGAGUGGAAUGACAAACCUCCACAGUGUGAUGGCAACCCUCAGUGAAGUGGAUCCAGAGAACCAGAGAACCUGACCCAUGGAGAUGUCGCAUACUUUAGUUUUCAUGAAUGUUGUGUAUUCCCAGUCAUGAAAUAUGUGACUUUUUAAAAAAAAUGGAAUUGGGUUUGAAGGGUUUUAUUGAAUAUUAGUUGAUACAAAACAUUAUCAUUCCAGUCACAUUCACAAAGCUGGAUUUUAAAAGCUCACUAUUCUAGUUCUAUGUUCCACUUAGUACAGAAUACGUAUCUACCAUAUCUACCAUAUCUACCAUAUCUACCAUAUCGACCAUAUCUACCAUAUCUACCAUAUCUACCAUAUCUACCAUAUCGACCAUAUCUACCAUAUCUACCAUAUCUUCCAUAUCUACCAUAUCUUCCAUAUCUACCAUAUCUACCAUAUCUUCCAUAUCUACCAUAUCUUCCAUAUCUACCAUAUCUACCACAUCUUCCAUAUCUUCCAUAUCUACCAUAUCUACCAUAUCUACCACAUCUUCCACAUCUACCAUAUCUAUCAUAUCUACCAUAUCUUCCAUAUCUUCCAUAUCUACCAUAUCUACCACAUCUUCCAUAUCUACCAUAUCUACCAUAUCUGCCAUAUCUGCCAUAUCUACCAUAUCUACCAUAUCUUCCAUAUCUUCCAUAUCUACCAUAUCUUCCAUAUCUACCAUAUCUUCCAUAUCUACCAUAUCUACCAUAUCUACCAUAUCUUCCAUAUCUACCAUAUCUUCCAUAUCUACCAUAUCUACCAUAUCUUCCACAUCUACCACAUCUUCCAUAUCUUCCAUAUCUACCAUAUCUACCAUAUCUACCACAUCUUCCACAUCUACCAUAUCUAUCAUAUCUACCAUAUCUUCCAUAUCUACUAUAUCUUCCAUAUCUACCACAUCUUCCAUAUCUACCAUAUCUACCAUAUCUGCCAUAUCUGCCAUAUCUACCAUAUCUUCCAUAUCUUCCAUAUCUUCCAUAUCUACCAUAUCUACCAUGUCUACCAUGUCUUCCAUAUCUACCAUAUCUGCCAUAUCUGCCAUAUCUUCCAUAUCUACCAUAUCUACCAUAUCUACCAUAUCUUCCAUAUCUUCCAUAUCUACCAUAUCUAGUACCAUACCAUACAAGUCACACUUUGUCUUGCCUUUCUUCUGACAUCAUGGGACUUCCUUUUAGUUGCACAUGGAAAUGUACAUCCACUGGAAAAUACAAAUCAAUUAUCAAACUGUGUUAAUACAGAGAUAGAGAGAUAGAGAGAUAUAGACAUAUAGAGAUAGAUAUAGAGAUAUAGAGAUAGAAAGAUAGAUAUAGAGAUAGAAAGAUAGAUAUACAUAGAGAUAUAGAAAGAGAUAUAGAGAGAUAGAUAUAGAUAGAGAGAGAGAGAGAGAGAGAGAGAGAGAGAAAUAGAGAUAGAGAUAUAGAGAUAGAUAGAGAUAGAGCGAUGGCGAGAUAUAGAGAGAUAGAUAGAGAGAGAUCGAGAGAUAGAUAUAGAGAGAUAGAUAGAGAUAGAUAGAGAUAGAGAGAUAGAUAGAGAUAGAGAGAUAGAUAUAGAGAGAUAGAGAGAUAGCUAUAGAGAGAUAGAUAUACAUAUAGAGAGAUAGAGAUAGAUAUAGAGAUAUAGAGAGAUGGAUAUAUAGAGAUAGAAAGAUAGAUAUAGAGAGAUAGAUAUAGAGAGAGAGAGAAUCCAGUUGUGUACCAAUAUACUGUAUGCUAGCUGACACCUAGCAUUAGCUGCAUUAACUACACUGAUGUAACGCUACGUGGUUGUCAAGCUCUUUUUUUUUUUUUUUACCUCGGAUUCCCGGAGCGUCACGGUCAUUCCAUCAGAAAAGCGGUUGAAGAUUUCUGAAGAGGAGAUUGAGAAUAAGAAAGUUGAGAGUCUGACACACAAAUCCAAACUGGUGUGAGGAUGGAAUAUGUAACAUAUUUUCCAUGAGAUCCACCAGGAGUAUUUAUCCAUAUGGACCUACUUUUCAUGAAGCCAAGGCGAAGAGCCAGACUGAUGAAGUUCUCCAGCGUUACAUGGCCAGAAGGGGUCCCGUAGCGUAAAAGCAGCAUAUUUAACAUAUCUUCACUGACCCUUGUUCCUGGAGAGACACAAGGAUAGGAGCAGAAAUAUGGCCUGGGUUGUAUUAAUUACAUAUUUCAAUAAUAUAGACACCCUUUAGCGGCUGAUGACUCAAUUGUUUUGAACCAGACCAAGAAAUUUAUUUUUUUGGGGGGGGGGACAAAUAUAUGAAACAUUACAGUGCAUUUCUUGCAUCAAUCAAAAUAUAACUUUCCAUUAUUUACAUUUAUAUAUUAUAGUUUAUUAUUAUAUUGUAUAGUAUAUUUACAUUUGCCACAGUCUUGUUUUCCCCUGUUAUUAUUACAUAUUAUAUCAUUAUUAUUGUUAUUAUAUUGUCAUUAUUAUCAUUAUUGUUAUAAUCGUUAUCAUUAUUUCCAUUAUUAUCACCGUUAUUAUAUCAUCAUUAAUAUUACCAUUUUCAUCAUUAUAGUUGUAACAAUAUUUUCAUUUUUUUUUUUUUUACUUUUUUAAAAAGAAGCAAAAGCUUAAAAAUAUAAAUAUAAAUGCCUACCCCUUUUUUGCAAGAUAUAAUCAUGUUCAUGCCACUGUCUUAUUUUCCCUUUUUAUUAUUAUCAUUGUAAUAUUAUUAUUGUUAUGAUAUUGUCAUUAUUAUCAUUAUUGUUAUAAUCGUUAUCAUUAUUACCAUUUUUAUUGUUAUUAUCACCAAUAUUUAAUCAUCAUUAAUAUUACCAUUUUUUUGUUUUCCCCUGUUAUUAUUAUUGUAAUAUUAUUAUUGUUAUUAUCAUUAUCAUUGUAAUAUUAUUAUUGUUAUUAUAUUGUCAUUAUUAUCAUUAUUGUUAUAAUCAUUAUUAUUAUUACCAUUAUUAUUGUUAUUAUUAUCACCAUUACUGUAAUCAUCAUUAAUAUUACCAUUUUCAUCAUUAUAGUUGUAACAAUUUUUGGAUUUUUUAUUUUUAUUUAUUUUUAUUAAUUUUUUUUAAAAGAAGCAAAAGCUUCUGAAAAAAAUGCCUACCCCUUUUUGCAAGAUAUAAUCAUGUCUUGUUUUCCCCUGUUAUUAUUAUCAUUGUAAUAUUAUUAUUGUGAUUAUAUUAUCAUUAUUGUUAUAAUCGUUAUCAUUAUUACCAUUUUUAUUGUUAUUAUCAACAAUAUUUAAUCAUCAUUAAUAUUACCAUUUUCAUCAUUAUAGUUGUAACAAUUUUUGGAUUUUUUUUAUUAUUAUUUAAUUUUACAGACUACAUUGCUUCUUGUAGAGCGCUGCAUCAUUCCAUCGGUUGUUUUCUGAAAUCCGCAGUAUUUAUGCUUUUAUUGUUUUAUUUCGCUUGCUGUGCCUAAUCUGGGUUGUUUGUUUGCAUUGUAUUUUAUUUUAUUGUAUUGUAAUAAUUAUUGUA